AAGUAAAAGUUGAAGAAACUGUUUUGGAGAACACCUCCAAAGUUUUCCGUUCACAAAACUUUAAAAUAGGGUUUCGGGGCAUAUGUCCCACUUGAAAAAUUUUCAGCUAUUUUCUUAAACGCCCUGUAUUUAUGCUUUUUUUUUUUUUUUUUCCCCCCCCCUUUCCGUGAUUACACAAAAACCUGGAGCAGCGUCCAAAGGUUCUCGGGCGCUGUCAUCAAGGGGCGAUAACUGAACCCGGUUUGCAAAAUGGCUUCAGCAGGGAACCAUGUCCUUUCUGUGCACCAGUGGAUUUUGGAGAAUGGAGACAACAGGACGGACCCCUGGCCGCUGGUGUACUCCCCCCUGCCGGUGACUUUCAUCUUCCUGGGUUACCUCUGUAUGAUCUGGGUCGGUUCUCAUCUGAUGAAAACCCGGAAGCCUUUUGAGCUCAAAACAGUUCUCAUCGUUUAUAACUUCUCCAUGGUUGGCUUGUCCGCAUACAUGUUCUACGAGUUCCUGGUCACAUCAUGGCUCUCAAACUACAGCCUGCUCUGUCAGCCUGUGGACUACAGUGAGACACCGCUGCCCUUAAGGAUGGCCAGUGUUUGUUGGUGGUUUUUCUUUUCUAAGAUCAUAGAGCUCCUUGACACGUUCUUCUUCGUCUUGAGGAAGAAGAAUAGUCAGCUGACCUUCCUUCAUGUUUACCAUCAUGGCACCAUGAUCUUCAACUGGUGGGCAGGAGUAAAGUAUGUGGCUGGAGGACAAUCUUUCUUCAUCGGCCUUGUCAACACCUUCGUCCACAUCAUCAUGUACACUUAUUACGGCCUGUCUGCGUUCGGUCCUCACAUGCAGAAGCACCUUUGGUGGAAGAAAUACCUCACUAUACUGCAGCUGCUGCAGUUCCUGCUCUUCUUCCUUCACACCGGCUACAACCUGAUCACCGAGUGCGACUUCCCAGACUCUAUGAACUUAGCGGUGUUUGGUUAUGUUCUUACCCUCAUAGUGCUCUUUUCUAACUUCUACUACCAGCAAUACCUCCAUAAGAGGAAGCACAAGUGAGGCAACGUCAAGGAGCUGACGUCAUUACCCAGAGUAGCCAGACGGCAGCUGCAGUAUUAUCCUGUCCACUAGAGGGCACAACCAGCUCACAAGUCUUGAGGGGUUUUUUUUGUUUUUUUUUCUGAACAUACUUAUAAACGAUAUGAACUGUUUCAAUCUC